UGGGAGUUCCCUUUUGAGCGUUGUGCAACAUCCUUCAUCUGGGCGCGUGCUGCGCGUCGAGUGUGCGGGAACGUCGCGCUCGCCGUGGAUUUAAUCAUCAGUUCUGAUGUGUAGAGGGUGAACAUAAAACGGGGGUGUGGUUUAGAUCAAUAACUACCUCAGCAGACAAUGAAAUAAAUAAAAUACUCCAAAGCACUCCGAGGGCAGAGAGGCGGUGUGGAUCAGAUCCGAAGCACAGGGUCGCUUCUGUGGAAUAUAUUUCGUUUUAUUCGCUUCUUUGAGAUAAUGACAUGUUGUGGACGCCGAUUCUCCAGUCGAGGCUUUCAGACGCAUACAGUUGGACGAGGAUGAGGAGAAGGAAGAGAAGUUCUCAUUGAACUGCUCUUUUUUUUACAUAAUGGUAUAAAUGGUACAUUUCUGUGAAUGGUUAAGUGGUCUAAAUUUGUGAAAAAAACUAAACCAAAACAAAAAAACUCAGCUCGAUAGACUAAAUGUGUAGAUUCACUGCAGCGCGGUGUAUUUAGAUCUACGUUACAGUCACUGACUUACAUAAGAUUGCUCUGCGUAAAGGAAUUGCGCAAAGAAACCCCGCCGUUUAACGCAAGGUUUGGACCCAGAGCUGAGAACACAGAGACAAACGGAGCUGGCGUUAAAGUGUGUUAAUUUUUUAAUGUUUAUCUGGAUGAAAAUAUACAUUGAUGGAACAAACAGCAAACCUUUCCAGCUUGGACAAUCCCAGCAAUGUUGACUCUGAGAUCAUUACCCCAAUCAUUUUUUAUUGCAUAUGCCAGUCAUUCCUGAGGCUCACUGGGAUUAAUUUUACUCUACUGUUGGGAAAGGAGGAACUUCUGAGUUGUUUUUCUAACCCUAUUGUUCUGAAAGCACUAAAUGAGUGACCUAAGGUUUACUGCAACUACAGAAAGAUGAACAACACUCUGCAAGACAGAAACAUGUUUACAGUACAAGCAGACGUUAUAUUUCACGCGGCAAACCCUGACUCUCCAGAAUCACCUAUCUCAGCUGAAGGGAACAACAACAAUGUCACCGCUAUAGGGAAAACAGGCAUGGAAAUACUGCAGGGUCUCCCGGGUACAUGGGAUACAUCAGAAUCAACUGACAAUAGUAUUUUGGGAAACUAUGGCGCUGUAACAGGUGCAGAAUACACACAAGAUGCCGUCUCUAGUGACAGUGGAUUUCAAGAGCACAUACAGCCUCUGGACUCAUCUAAAGCACAAUAUCUGGACCUUAGUUUGAGAAAUAUGUGUGAGGCUCCAAGUCAAGGAAAUGUUAGAGAAGAAACGAAUGGAACAAAGGUAGCUUCCAGUUUGGCACCCUCUCUGUGCUUCAGACCAGGGAACAAGGAGGAAACUGACAAAUUAUCCAAUCUCCUAAGAGACGGUGAGGUGGCUCGGAGUCAGUUUGACAUUAAAAAUGUCUCCUCCACAUCAGAGGCCAAAAAUAAUUCCUGUUCAACCUCUCAGAAAAUGAGGUCACUUGAAAAAACCCUGGGAUGCUUUAUAAGUUCCUCUGAAGGAGCAGAUCAGACUCACUACAGAACAUCGCUUGGACAGACUAGGCAGGAAUCGAGCCAAGGGCUAAAGCAAAGUGGAUCUGCAGUAAGAGAAGCUCUAUCUGCAAAAGAAGAGCCGAAUUUAAUCAUAGAGGUGGGUGGACAGAAAAUACAAGCACACAAAUCAGUAUUAGCAGAGAAAAGUGAUUAUUUUAAGGCCAGGCUUUCUCGAGACAUCCUGAAGGUAAAAGGAAUGAGCUACAAGACCUUAUUAGUGCUCGUAGAUUAUGUUUACUCCUCCCAGAUGAACGUAAGUAAAGACAAUAUUGUGGAUGUCAUCACAGGAGCAAAGAUCCUGCAGAUGCCCUGUGCAGUACAAGCUGCUAUCGACACCAUCUCCACACAGAUCACUCAUGAGAACUGCUAUGAGAUCCUGAUGAUCGCCAAAAAGCAGCGACUAAAUGAACUGAAAGAAACAGCCUAUCGGUUCAUGAGUGACAACUUUCUCCAGGUUCUGAGAGAUCCCGCUGUCUACGGGCGCCUCACAGGCUCAGAGAGAGAACUCAUACUGCGCAAACGGAUGGAGAGCCGCCAGUGUCUGAUGCUAGCUGAAAUCAACGACGUGUUUGAGCGUGUAGGAAGUAGACCGCCCAGCAGAAACAGCAGCCGUCCCCAGAGUCCUCUCUCCAUCACCUCUUUUGAGGACAAUCACAUGAUCUACUACUACAAUAAAAGCAGUAAGGACUGGCACACCCUGACCGUCAUGCCAGAAGACAUCAACACCAGGGGCUGCGGUAUCUGUACUAUGUACAACUACUUGUUUGUGGCCGGCGGGAUCAGGGGAACUAGGGAGAAAAGCAAAGUCUCUGACAAAGUAUUCUGCUACAAUCCCAUCACAGACCGCUGGAGCGAAGUCCGACCCAUGAACCAAGCACGAUCGCAACUCAAACUCGUAUCCAUGGAUGGGAACCUGUAUGCCAUUGGCGGUGAAUGUCUUUUCACCGUGGAGAAGUACGAUCCUCGAAUGGACCGCUGGAUGGCAGUGGCUCCUCUACCUAAAGGAGCAUUUGCUGUGGCUCACGAAGCCACUACUUGUAACGGUGAGCUGUAUGUCUCAGGAGGAUCUCUGUUCUAUCGGUUGCUGAAAUAUGACCCCAAGAGAGACGAAUGGCAGGAGUGCCCAUACAACAACAGCAGGAAAAAAUCCACAGACAUGGUGGCUCUCAAGAGCUUCAUCUACCGAUUUGAUGUAAACCGUGAACAGGGCAUCAGUGUCUUUAAAUACAACACCAUCGUGAAGAUGUGGCAUGAUUGUGCCUCCCAGCAGCAGGGCUGCACACUGCCGUUUCGAUGCGCUGUCAUUGAUAACUGCAUCUACUGUGUGAAUAAAUCUCAGACUCUUCAAUUCAUUGUAGAAGAGGAUGGAGGUCGAUUCAAAGACGAGUCUCUGAAAGCACCUGUGGAUGCCAAAGGCAUCUUAUUUCCCUUUGUUCUCAGCUUGCCUGAGAGAGGUGGAAGAAUUGCAUGAGUAGGAUAUUUCAUCCCUCAGAUGACACUUCGGAGUCACUCCAAACAUGGAGAAAGAGAAUGCCUGGUCAAUAUUUAUAGAUUAAACAUUAUCUCCAGAGAAGUUCAAAGAGCCAGCACGUAGUGCUUGAAACUGGAAUGUGUUUCUUGCA